AUGAAGAUCGCAGUCCUGUUCGAGAACUGCCAGACCCUCGACGUCGCCUGCCUCGAUGUCCUCGGCAACUGCGGCAAAGAGUACAUCUCCUCUCUCGCUAGUGUCCCCGCCUUUGCGGCCCUCCUCCCAUAUGCCGUUGAGAUGGAGUAUAUCUACCUUUCGUCCGGGUCCGCCCCAUCGCCUAUGACCAUUGGACUCACCUGUGUCCCGAACACGACCUACGCGGAGGCUCCCGUCGAUGUCGACAUGGUCUUCGUCGGAGGCUCGCUUACCCACAACGAGGAUAGUCUACAGUACAUGCGCGCCGUCUACGCGGAUCCAAAACCCAAGGUCAUCAUGACCGUCUGCACUGGCGGCGCCUGGGUCGCUGAUUCAGGCAUCCUGGAUGGUCUCAACGCCACCACGAACCGAGGAUUGCUCCAGUCGGCCCGUGAUAGCUACCCGAGUGUCCACUGGAAGGAUCAGCGCUGGGUGGUGGACCAACGAGGACAUGUAGAGUUCUGGACCAGCGGCGGUGCGGUAGCGGAUGAAGGCAUGGACAUGGUGCUGGAGUAUGUGAAACGGCAUUUCCAUCCGUUGAUCGCCAACAUGUCAGGAGGAUCGCUGGAUAUGAUGGCCCGGGGGGUGGAAUAUGAGACGCAAGAGACUGAGCAGAUUAUGUGUCAAUUGUAA